GCUUAUCAACAGACUGAGUUCCUACUGCCACCUUCACAUGAAGAAAGAGACCUUGCAAGGAAACAACACUGACCACCAGUACCAGCUUUUAAAAAGGGGGAGAUCACAAUACAGGGUUUAGGAUAAAGAAUGGGAGAAAAACAGAAAAGACAACAAAAACUUUGGAAUGUUCCACGGAUUCCUCGCAUUCGGGUCCCUUCCACUGCGUACACCCACAACACUUCCUUAAUGAAGGACUUGACCCAAGGGCAGCAACGCUACUUCUACAGCAUCAUGAGGAUUUACAAUUCCAGACCCCAGUGGGAGGCCCUGCGGAACCGCUAUAUUCACAGCCUUCAGCACCAGCAGUUGCUUGGCUAUAUUACUCAACAGGAAGCUUUGGCUUGUGCCGCUGUACUUAGAGAUUCAACCCAGAGAGCCUCAGCUAGGGUGGCUCAUCAAAGAUCCAUCCCCCAGAAGCCUUCAACCAUGACAAGAACGUCGCUGCUGCCAGCCCUACCUGGGUCUGUGGUUCGACCCAGGGCUCAAAGUGCAGGGCCUGGAUCCAUCAGGAAUUAAGACUGUGCACAAGCUCUGAAACAGCCUCCUUCCUUCAUUUAAAUCAGCCAAUGACUCUUUCAUGCCCCUAAAAGGAGUUGCCUGAGAUGGAAUUACAGACUUUCUUGACAAGGGAUGUGUGGACAUUGAUCUGGAAGGAAGAUGCUAUACCAUUACAAGAAAAAGAAAAAAAAAAAACCUCAUUGAUGAUGAUGUUUAUCUUUUCUCUGUAAUCAUUCAUAAAGAAUAAAGUUUCUUGAACUCUGUA